GUAGACAGGCAGACAGAUACAGCAACGCCAUUGCCAAGAGGUCGCAAAGCCCAAGAAAAGAAGCCGCGAGCUUUUCUCUCUCUCCUCAUCUCUCCUUUUCUUGUCCGAUUGGAUUACCUGUACUGCUAAUUUCUCUUGCGGUUCCAUUGGAUUGCAACUUGGACCGCAACAUCAAGAGAAAGUUUAGGAUUAAAUUCGCAAGAUAAAAAAGAAUCAACCUUGAUUGACUGGAGUCUUGAAGAAAGGCGACAACUUUGAUUUCGUUUGAUCGGCGGCAGCCGAUCUUGGCUCGGAUGGGACCGCCGCCGCCGUCGCUAGACUACUGGCGGUGCUUCUUCCGCGGCGCUCACGCCAGCAUCUUCGAUGCCAUCGACGCCGCCAUCCGGGUCGCCGCCGCCGACCAUCCCGACGGCCUCCGCGCGCGCCGCGACGUCAUCGCCGAGCGCCUCUACACCGCGCUCAUCUCCCUCCCGCCGGCAGAGGCGCCGGGGCUCCCCGCCCCGGGGCCACCGCUGACGCACCAGCUCCUCCCCGAGGGUGCCGGCAGCGUCCCCAGCCUGUGCAGCUCCGAUCGCACCGAGGCCGUCACCGACGACAGCCGCGGUGGCGGCGCCGGCGCCGGCCCGCGGAACAACAGCGACGACCCCGUCGUCGCCGAUGCAUUCCGCGUCAAGGCCGCUCUCUCCAGCACCCAAGAAAAGUCGGAGGCCGAGUUGCUUGGGCUGCUGGGGAGGCUGCGGCAGCUGGAAUUCACGGUGGACGCCAUCAUGGCUACUGAGACCGGAAUGGCUGUGGAACCGCUGCGAAAGCACCGCUCGAAACAAAUUCGGCAACUCGUCCGAUCGCUGACUGAAGGUUGGAAGACUACAGUUAAUGAGUGCGUGAGCCAUGGAGGUUCCAUUGUAGAUCAUACACCGCAGUCAUUGGACACUUCUUGCCUGGAGCAGGAAGAAGGAGGUCUUCCUGCCCCUCCAAUGGACGAGGCUGCCCUAUUUGCAACACCAUGUACUUCAAUCCGGCUAUCUGAGUUCUUCGAUGAAAUGGAUGAUGAUGGGAACAUUAGAAGCGAUGCCAAGGAGCGCAGGCAGUGUUAUCCGGCAAACCAAGAGUCAGUCAAUAAGCAGUCUCCUAUGGACCAAUGCUAUGACCCAGAACAGAACUGGAGGUUAGAUCAGUCUGCUGUGAAGCAAUCACAACCGAAUGAGCCGUUCAACUGCGAAACAAGGCAGCAAUCUAACACCGGGGAACAAGGGAAGCCAUCAAGUGCAGCUUUUGGUCUAGGGAGACCUCAGAUGUUGCAUUUGGAGCUGAAAGGUUCCGAAAUGAGAGCUAAGCAGCAGCGAGACAUCUCAGUGGCCCAAAGAAAACCGAAACCAACUAUGCCUAAUCGACCAUCGACUCUACAUGAUGAAAGUUCAGUUCGAGCGAAGCUAGAGCUUGCGAAGGAUGCCAAGCUCGAGGCUGCAAAGCGUAAGCUUCAAGAGGGUUACCAAGAAUUCAACAAUGCAAAGAAGCAGCGGACAAUACGGAUGGUGGAUCCACAAGACCUGCCGAAGCAAGGGAACCAAAACCUACAGCUUAACGGCAAGCCAAGGAACAACAGCACCAGCAACACACGGAGUCGGCUGGGCAUCUGCCGGCGCCACUGAUGCCAUGAAGCUCUUCGCUAAUUUUGGACCCCCAUCAUCUUCCAUCUCUUGCCAAAAGAAAAAAAAAAAUCCUUACCCUUGUCACCCCGUUGCUGCUUAUGCCCUGGAUGUAUUCCGGUUGAAAUUUUUAGUCCAGUGCCGUACAUAACAGCAGUAAGGCCUCCUUUGAAACUGUUUUUUUUUUUAACUGUACCUGUUAGUCCAUCUGCAGCGAAGAGGCGCUGGCCGAAAUGCCUCUUGCGCUGACCUAGGCUGUUACCAAGUGUAGCUUAGCUUCUCCCAGUAAGACUUGGACUACAAAACACAAAACAAUUGCUUCUCUUGGUGAGUAGCUCCAUUUCGAACCGAUCAACUUUGUGGCACCUUCCGAAGCUGAGCCUGACCUACC